UAGUUUCAUCAUCAGAGAGGAAGGUGGCUGUACCCAUUCAGUCAGGCCAAAAUAAUGGCCGAAAAAAAAGAAAUUUCGCCUUCAACUUGUGUUUAUACGAGCUGUUAUUGUGAGGAGAAUGUAUGGAAGUUAUGCGAACGAAUAAGAGAAGAGAGAGCAAACAACAUCAAUGAGUAUUCGGUAGUGUUUAUAUCAAAUCAUGCAAGAAAUAAAAUUCCGUGUUAUCCCAGCCCUGGWGUUCCUUCAGACGUUUGCAUCAGACAGAUCCCACAUGAAGAAAGCUAACGGAGAAUGGAUAAAGGAUCCCCCACCUUAUCCUCCAAUCAGAACAGCAGAUUGUACAAUGAAUUUAGAUGACUUUAUUGACAUGACCCCUUUGACAGGCGAAGGAACAGUAAUGGACUAUAAAACAUUCACCAGAACAUUUUCCUCCCACAGAACAUAGGUGAAGAGCUUGCUCGAUAUUUGGGGGAAGUGGGGGCGGAUUGACGCACCCCACCCCCUCCCCCCUCAAUUAUUUAAUGGUCCGUCUUUAAUAUUCGUGAUUUCAAGUGCGGCAGUAAACAAACCUGAUUUGUUGACUGUGAGGACCUUCAUCUUGUAUCAAUAAUGUCAUCACUCAUUGUUAGACCAAUGCUGAGUGAAAAUGUGUCGUACAACGCACGCGAUCGCUUUGAUGUCAGAGACCGGUAGAUAUGCCCAGCUCAAUMGACCCUUUUCGAGUUCCAAAUUACCGCUGUGUUUCUYGAUUACGGACCCAUUUACUCAGGCUAAGCCUCGAUUUUGUGAAGAAUAUGCACGUUCUCCUGUCAAGGUCCGUCAA